AUGUCGGAGAUGCCGGCAGCGGUCCUGGAUCGCUUCGCCGCCUGCCAGACAGUAGCCUUCUGCGGCGUGUUCCCUGAGCUGCGCCGUGCGUGGGCUUCCGUGGACAGCUCCCUCUUCCUCUGGCGCUUUGAUCGCUGGCAAGACGUGCCCAUGGAAUACUCUGGCGAAGACCAGUCCAUCGUGGCCGUGGGGUUGGCUCCGGCUCGCCCAGGCGUCUUUGUCUCUGCCAUACAGCAUGUCCUCGUGGUCUGCACCACGACCGAGAUUCUGCUGGUUGGGGCGUGCUGCGGCCGCUCGCCGGGCGGCACUGGGGACGAGUGGGACCAGCUCACCCUGGCCCCCCUGCCCCUCUUCUCCGUGCCCUCCGACGGCGUCACCACCGUCACCGUCACCUGUACCGCCGGUGGCCGCAUCUUCCUCGGCGGCGCGGACGGCAACCUGUACGAGCUGCAGUACCAGAGCAGCAGCGGUGUGGCGGGGCGCUGGCGCGGCGGCCGGCCCCUCACCAAGGUGCGCCCCGGGUGUGUUGUUUGUGACGGUGUGCCGUGCGCAACCUCUGUCCAUGCUCCCGUUCCUUCCUGUGGGUCUCAGCCUGUGGAUUCCCAGCCCUUACACCUGUCCACACACACUCUGAUUCUGGCAGGUGUGCCACACAGCGGGCGUUCGCUCCUACCUCCCCUCCUUCCUCCCCUCCUUCCUGGUGCCCCCCCCGGCCCCCCUGCUGGAGGCGCUGGUGGACGAGGAGCGGCACAUCCUCUACACGCGUGA